AUGGAUACCAGUGAGAAAGAUAUACAUGUAGAGUAUAUGCCUGGUUUUGAUGUUGAUGUUGAGCAAGAUUAUCAAGAAGCUGCUACAAAAAUCUCUAAAAAGUCCCUGAAAAGAUAUACUAAUUUAGCACAGAAACGAUUCAUUGGUCCGACUGUCUCUCGUGUGCUAACAUCUUCAGAAUCUCAUAUGCAAAAGGGACAAGUAAUUGAUACAAGAGGGAGAUCAAUUGUAGCUAAGAGAAAGUUAUUUGCAGUUGACAAUGAUGAUGACCACGGGGAGCGUGACAUGAGAUUUCAUGAUAUCAAUGAAGAGCAAGAUAAUGUUGAAUUUGAUGAUAUUGAAGAUAUAGAUAUGAAUGAAGCUUAUGAAGAACAAGAUAGUUUUAAAGAUGAUGGAGAUAAAGACAUGGAAGAUUUAGAAAAGGUGAAUGAUUUAGAAAAUCAGAACGAUGAACUGGUUGAAGAAGAAUGUGAAGUUCCAGAAAAUGAAGAAGAACAUGAAGUUUCACAACAAGAAAAUGAAGCAGUUCGGACUGUACGUAAAAGAGUGAGAGGACCAACGCAUAUGCCAAAGGUUUGGGCCCAACAAAAAGAGGGUAGAAUUCCUAUUUUAGUUAAUACACACGGGCAACCUAUUAAUGACAAAAGUAGUCAACUGACCCAUUUCAUGGGAACCCUUUCAAGGAGUGGAAAGCUGGAUAUUGAAUCAUUUGGGCGGAAGGUGAAGAACUGGAGGGCAAGAGUUAAGGACUUACUAGUUUGGGGUUAUGCGGUUAUGUAUGGUCUGGGUGUUCGUGCCGCUGAUGUUUGGGGUAUAAUACCAAGUCGUUUGACAUGUCAUAGAGAAAACAUCCAAUUGAAGUCUCAAUGUGAAGAACUUACUAGUAUUGUGGUCCAGUUACGAGCCCAAGUAUCAGAGAUGGAAGGGUCGAGGGGUGGUUCUAGUGUUCAACCUCUUGCAUCACAACAUUUCCCCAAUGUAACCAAUGAACAUCAACGUUUACGGGUCGGAGAUGAAGUUUUCCUCAAAAGCAUUCUAAACUCUACCGAGAUUGUAGCAAGAGGAAGGGUCCAGAGCUUGGACCCAAAUGAUCUAGUUGGUGGUACAGAGAUUGGACCAGAAUGGUGUGAGGUAAACGUUCAAGUACCAAUAAAAAAAGAUGAAAACUUGGUAAGACCAUAUGGUUUAUUUUCUACAAUUCAAGAUUGUAUAGGUGCAUCCAUCGCAUGGCCUUAUCCAUUUAUCUCGGUAUGUAUUUGUUAAAUUUGUGAUACAAAU